AUGGACAACGGCGUGUCCGAAGAUCUCUCAGAUUCAAUUCAGCGACCAGAAUCCUCCGACAAUGACCAGCGUGUUUACUUCGUUCCUCUCAGGUGGUGGAAGGAGACGAACGAUGCUGUUGCUGAGGAGGAAUCAGAUGGGAAGAAAGGGGUUUUGUACACCGCGAGCCAGGCGUCGUCUUCGUAUGUGGGUCCAAUGAAGCUGAUAAACAACAUGUUCAGCUCGGAUCUUAUGCUCAAUUUGAGGGGAGAAGAGGAAGGUUUAUUGCCCAAUGGUGGCGAGAAUAAUGAAGUGGGUGUCUCCGGGAGGGACUUUGCGUUGGUGUCUGGGGAAAUGUGGGUGAAGGCACUGAAAUGGCAUAGUGAUGCCAAGGUAUCCGCAAAGAAAACGAAGACAUUUCUAGCUGCGGAAGAUGACAUGUCAGAUGUGUAUCCUUUGCUACUCAGACUGUCGGUACAACCGGAAACCAGUUCAUUGGGAGUGAAAAUUACCAAAAAGGACAAUGGGCCUGAAUUUUUCAGAAGAGCGUAUAAGAUCUUCAAUGCAGAUUCUGAGAUGUUGCGGAUUUGGGACUUUUCUGGACAGACAGCUCUACUUUCCAUGGUUGGCCAAUGUAGAUCUCCAAAAGAUAGUCCGCGACAGUCAGAUGAGGAGGUUAUCCUGGAACUACAAGUAUAUGGGUUAUCUGAUAACACUAAGUCUAGAGAAGGGAAAACUGGGGCUGCACCGUAUUCUAAUGGGACAUAUUCUUCUGUUCCACUCAUGAAUGGCAUGAAUGGUAGCGUGUCCACCGGCAUGUUUCGUAGCAACUCUGCCAUCUUUGGAAGAUCCAGUGAAGCUGGAUCAUUGGGUUUGACGGGAUUGCAGAAUCUUGGAAAUACUUGCUUCAUGAAUAGUGCCAUCCAGUGCUUGGCACACACACCAAAGCUUGUAGACUAUUUCCUUGGAGAUUAUUGUAGAGAAAUAAAUCACGACAAUCCUCUGGGAAUGGAUGGUGAGAUAGCUUUAGCUUUUGGAGAGUUGAUACGGAAACUAUGGGCUCCUGGAGCAGGCUCAGUGAAUCCAAGAACGUUCAAGUCAAAGCUGGGUCGAUUUGCUCCUCAGUUCAGUGGCUUCAAUCAACAUGAUUCCCAGGAGCUUCUUGCAUUUUUAUUGGAUGGCCUUCAUGAAGAUCUCAAUCGCGUGAAAUCCAAGCCGUACGUUGAAGCCAAGGAUGGAGAUGGACGACCGGAUUCAGAAGUAGCUGAUGAGUAUUGGCGCAAUCAUCUGGCUCGCAAUGAUUCCAUUAUUGUUGAUAUUUGCCAAGGACAAUAUAAAUCAACAUUAGUUUGCCCUAUAUGCAAAAAGGUUUCUAUUAUGUUUGAUCCAUUCAUGUAUCUAUCUCUACCGCUGCCCUCUACAAGUACUAGGACAAUGACUCUGACAAUUAUAAGUACCGAUGGAAGUAUUCAACCUUCCCCAUGUACAAUUUCUGUCCCAAAGUUUGGGAAGUUUGAAGAUCUUAUCCAGGCUCUAACUGCUUCAUGCUCUUUAGGAGACGAUGAGACUCUGUUGGUGGCGGAGGUAUAUAACAACCGCAUCUUACGAUUUCUGGAGGAUCCAAGUGAUUCCUUAACUUUAAUCAGGGAUGGCGACCGACUUGUUGCUUAUCGGGUAAAGAAAGAUUUCAGCAGUGAUGGCCCUCUGGUUAUAUUUAUGCAUCAACAUGUGGAGGAGCAGUUCAUCCAUGGGAAACAGACUUCAACAAUGAAGCCAUUUGGGAUUCCUCUUGUUGGGGAGAGCUCUGCCUCUUUCACUGGAUCUGACAUCCAUAAAUUGUACUUGAAGUUGCUCGCUCCGUUUCAAAGGCCUGCUGAGGGAAUACUGGAUCAAACUGCCGACUGUAAAAGUAUUACUCUUAGUGAGGAAGUGACUGAGCAUUAUAAAAAAGAAAAUGAUGAAGCGACUGAGAGGCAGGACAACAGUGCUUGCUCUAGUGGAACUGCUGCAGAUGACUCUCCUUUGGAUGCUGAACUCUACUUUUAUUUGACGGACGAGAAGGGGUUUCUUAAGGACACUAAGAUAGUUAUGGAUGAGCAAUUGCCAAUUACUGGGACUCCCAGACGGUUCUUUGUGAUUGCUUGCUGGGCUGAGAAACAAAUGGAAGAACAGUAUGACAUAUCCCGUCUCAGUUCAUUACCAGAGGUUUUCAAAUCUGGAUCUUUUGCAAAGAGACAACAGGAAUCAGUUUCACUUUAUAGCUGCCUUGAAGCAUUUUUGAAGGAGGAACCUCUUGGCCCAGAAGACAUGUGGUACUGUCCUGGAUGCAAGGAGCAUCGUCAAGCCAGCAAGAAACUGGAUCUCUGGAGGCUACCAGAGAUCCUGGUAAUCCAUCUAAAGAGGUUUUCAUACACCCGGUAUAUGAAGAACAAGCUAGAGACGUUUGUGGACUUUCCUACUGAUGAUCUUGAUUUGGCAACCUACAUUUCUUACAAGAACGGGCAAACAUCUCACCGCUAUGUCCUCUAUGCCAUCAGUAAUCACUUUGGAAGCAUGGGAGGUGGUCAUUACACUGCAUUUGUCCAUCAUGGAGGUGACCAGUGGUACGACUUCGACGAUAGCCACGUUCAUCCGGUGAGCCAGGACAAAAUCAAGACUUCAGCUGCUUAUGUUCUUUUCUACAGGAGAGUUGAAGUGUGA